UAUUGGAUGCCCUAAAAUGAGGGAUGGCUCAUUUUUUGGGAGGGAUAUUAUUUAUUGGUGAACGGUUGAUUGGGCAGUAUAAAAGGGUGGAAAUUGUUUUAGGUCGAAAUAGAAAAAGGAGGUAUUCGGAGAGCGAGACGAGAUUCUUCAUUUGCCUUCUCUGAUCUCCGAUCUCCGAUCUCAAUCUGAAUCUGUGUCAAUGGAGAACUCCCGCCGUCAGUCUCUUCUUCCAAGCUUUCUCUACUCCCCAACAUCUUCUUUUUCUUCUUUAACUCCCAAAACCCUUGCUGUUCCAGAAACCACCAAUGUUCCCAACAACAACCUCAUUAUUCCGGCACCUAACGAACCUGGUAAGAUCGAGAUGUACUCCCCGCAGUUCUACGCUGCCUGUACCUUCGGUGGUAUCCUCAGUUGUGGUCUCACUCACAUGGCUGUCACUCCACUCGAUCUCGUCAAAUGUAACAUGCAGAUUGACCCUGCGAAAUACAAGAGCAUAUCGUCUGGAUUCGGCGUCCUUCUUAAGGAGCAAGGUCCCAGGGGAUUCUUCAGGGGAUGGGUUCCUACCCUGUUAGGUUACAGUGCUCAGGGUGCAUGCAAGUUUGGAUUCUAUGAAUUCUUCAAGAAGUACUACUCGGACCUCGCCGGAGCAGAAAAUGCUGCAAAAUACAAAACUCUGAUAUACCUUGCUGGUUCUGCAUCUGCUGAAGUGAUUGCAGAUAUUGCUCUUUGUCCAUUUGAAGCUGUAAAGGUUCGUGUUCAGACACAGCCUGGUUUCGCUAGGGGAUUGUCUGAUGGAUUGCCGAAAUUUGUUAGAUCUGAAGGUCCCAUGGGCUUGUACAAAGGCUUGGUACCUCUUUGGGGACGUCAGAUUCCAUAUACAAUGAUGAAGUUUGCGUCCUUUGAGACUAUUGUGGAGAUGAUCUACAAGCAUGCAGUCCCAAAGCCUAAAAACGAGUGCAGCAAAUCUAUGCAACUUGGUAUUAGUUUUGCUGGUGGAUAUAUAGCUGGUGUCUUCUGUGCCAUUGUAUCCCAUCCUGCUGACAAUCUUGUCUCGUUCCUCAACAAUGCGAAGGGUGCAACUGUUGGUGAUGCCGUAAAGAAGAUAGGAGUAUUGGGCCUCUUUACCCGUGGUCUACCUCUACGUAUUGUCAUGAUUGGAACUCUUACUGGUGCUCAAUGGGGAAUCUAUGAUGCUUUCAAGGUUUUUGUUGGGCUGCCAACAACUGGUGGUGUUGCUCCUGCUGUACCUGCUGACUCUGAGGUUGCGAAGGUGUAGGAUUGAGAACAAAUUAAUUCUUCACCAAGUUUAAAAGUAGACUUCUCCAGAUUAAACAAUAAACAUAGAUUGCAGAUGUUCCUUAAGUGCUCUUUCGUAGUAAGCAAGCUGGAGAGUGUUCUUUCGCUCAACAAUCUUUACAAUUUUAUAUUUCUCUGAUUUUCAAAUUUUUGGAGAGGGGGAGUUCCCCUAAAACUUAAGCAUUGCGGAUGUCUUUUUUGUUAGAACAGAUACAAAAUCAAUUUGAUGCUAAGCUUUUCCCAUGCGAGAUGGGAAUAACAAGUAUAGUGGAGGCUGCUAUAUGUUUUGCUUUGUUCAUUUUAACUGUCUGAUGUACCAAAAAAUGUUUUAAAAAAACUUUCCGCAGGCAGGGAGGGAAUUGUUAUA